GUCGUUUUUGAAACAUAAAAUAUUUGAUGAUUUUUUUUUACCAUCAUAAAGAAUGUGUUUAAAUAAGUGUGUUUUGUUAGAUACUCUUUUUUUCUCAAAUCAAUAUUUAAUAAAAUAUUGGGCUUCUUAAGUAUAUCUCGGUAAAUAUUCAUUGGCGAACAUAUGUGAACAAAACACAUUCUUUACGAUGGUAAAAGUGAAAAAUAACAAAUUUUCAUCAAAAAAGUUCUAUCCCAAACCUGACCCCUACCCCAUACCCCAACUGUUAAUUUAGUUUACCAGCAUUAACUUAAUUUAUAAAUAUAAAUGUAAUAUUUACUUUGACUUUGAAAAAAAAAAAUGUUUUGCGACUCCAUGGAUUCUAGAACCACGGUAUAAUACCAAUAUAAUACCAAAGUCCUGAGCCUAAUAAUUACUAAGUAAAAUGUUUUGAAAAAGUUGGCAUUAGGUAUGUCUGAAAGUAAAUCUAAUUCAAAAAACUUUAUAUGGCGUUUUAAGCUCCGAAUACGUGAUAUGAUACCGGACUAAAUAUCCUUCUUAUUCGGGCACGUCAUAUAACUUUUGCUAUAUUUUUGAUAAAAACUUCUCAAACCGGAUAUAAAAGCCACUUGUUAGUCAUCAGAUGAUCUGCAUUCACGCGUCAAUAUUUGUAAUAAAAUAAUACAUUUUAAAUAUUACAAUAAUAUGUGUGACACAGUUACUUCUUUAUUUCUGCUUAAUGUGUUCAGUUUUACAUCGGCUUACACAGAAGAAAGGUUGGUGUUCAAAGUUGACUGUGCUGGUAUAGACGUCGAUGGUCAUCCAAAUCUUCGCCUGUUGCCGGACAACUGCGGCGUUGGAGGGGAAGACAUUGGACAAAGGCUUGCAGGAGCGUUCCCGGUCCCAGGACUCUACGAGUAUCCCUGGAUGGUACUCAUUUCCUAUAAGACGAGAAAUCCUGAGCAGGGUCGCAGCUUCAACUGUGGUGGAAGCCUGAUCAACGAGCGUUACGUGAUAACCACGGCCAACUGUCUCUCCGCAAGCGUUCGCAGGAGACUGCUCGGCGUGAGAGUGGGCGAUUAUGACGUGGAUAUGACUACGGAUUGUGUGGGAGAUCCUCCCAGGUGUGAAUCUCAUGUACAGGACAUACGCAUAGAAGAGGUCCAUACCCAUCCAGACCAUCAAGCUUUUAAGAACGACAUCGGGCUCAUUAGACUGAAAACUCCUGUAAAUUUGUUUUUAAAGAAUGCUGGCACAGUUUGCCUACCAGUGACUCGCUAUUUGCGAACCCGGGACAUCGACAACUUGGAUGCCACCGUCACUCAUUGGAGGUAUUCGGAGGAUGGCUACGCGAUUUCUAAAAUGCUAUAUGCGGAUGUUACAAUAAAUAAUGCUCAGCACUGCAAGGAGCAGUACUAUAAGAACGCGACCAAAAUAAAUUACACAGAAGAUAACAUGCUCAACAAGAUCUGCGCCUCCUAUCCAGACGGCUCGGACACCUGCCCCGUCGCAGGCAGCCCCUUGAUGGUACAGAGUCUGUUCGGGGACCGCGACCGCUUCGUCCAGUACGGGGUCCAGUCGCACGGACCAAUAGGCUGUGGAAUAUUAUCACGUCCUGAAAUCUAUACUGAUGUCACUAAAUACAUGACGUGGAUUCUGGAUACAAUAAGACCUUGAGUCAAACUCACUGGGCGAACUCAUAACUACACGAUGUAAUACGAGGAACCCGAAAAAUUGUAACCACACACUUUCGAGACCAACAGAAGGAAAAAAUGUUAUGUAUACGAGUUGAAGUAAAUUUUGCUAAAAAACAUUUUUUUUUAAAUUUUUGAAUGUACUGAUAGUACA